AUGCGCUCGCAGCGAGUGGGUGCGGUCGCGCGGCAGCAGCUUCUAUUCAAUUUCCUCCCGCCACACGCACUUGCGCUGGUGUGGGCCAGUAUUCUCGAGACCAUCGAGAGCGCUGGACUGCAGCAAUUCUCGGGCGUGACGAUCCUCGUCCAAGGCAAAAACCUGAAGACAUUGACCAAAGCCCACAUGUGGGACGGCAUGACGCAGGAAUUUGCCCAGCAUUGGGGUACCACCAUCGACGAGUCCUAUCUCUCCGAUCAAUUCUACAUCGACAUCGGGAAAGAGACGUGUCCUACUGGGCCCUCAAGGUGCCACAGACCAUCCUCUGGCGGCGAUGCUGCCUUCAAUCUUAUGCUGAUACGUGUGUGCGGAGGAUACGAGGUGCGGAGGGCGGACGGAGGAUGCGGAGGGCGGACGGAGGAUGCGGAGGGCGGUCGGAGGAUGCGGAGGCAGUAA